AUGGUGAACGCUAUGAGCACAAAUGACAGGGAUACUUCAGUGAACCAGUUCGGAUCCAUUGCCGCCAUUUUAGGUGCCAUGUGCUUCAUCGUGGCUUCCGUUUUUGUCAUUUACCGUAUCCGGAAACGAGGUGAAAGUUCGGCCUCCGAUGGAGAAAAUGACCAAACAAGUAGCAACAGAUAUCACAACCGACGGGGUAGCAAUGACGACGAUCCAGUGGUCACUCCAGCGGACGGAGCAUCGCCAAUUGCAACAGCUACGCCGGUGAUGAGAGCAGGAUCAGGGUCGGGUCUUGUGCUGAAUUUGUUCGGCUGGACGGCUAUGAGAGAAGUGGUGAUCCAGAAGGAACAGAAUCAAGCGGAUGGGAUUGAGGACGCAGCUUUGGAGCCCGUGAAGAACCACAAUGUGCAGAUGAUUGGCGCUGAGCCCUCUGCUCCGAAUGUGGAGUCGGCAUUGCCUACUGCUCCACCAGUGAUGAUCCCGUACGCUACACUGGCAGUGGCAACAGCACCGGUGGCUAUCACUGCUCGGGCAAUGGCGGCGCCGUCAGCACCCGAUUUUGAGGAUAUGGACUCAAUUGACGGUGACGAUGUCGACAUGGCCCAGCUUUGACAGGAAACGUAGCAGUGAUCAAUAUUUAAUGCGGAUGCAGUCGAUGUGAUAGAACUUGAUGUAAGUUAGUGCUGUGACGUUGAUAACGUGAAACUUGGCAACAAAUCAUCAAUUGCUAAUUGAGAAC